GCGCACUGCUAGCCAUCAUCAGUAGCUGCGAGCAGCAGCUGCUUGCACGGAUUCAAAUCGGCCAAUUCAUAUAUAAGGGCACCUGUCGCAGGUCGGCCGGGCUUAGUCGAUCGGGAACUAUCGCUGGGUGAGUUAGGGCUUUCUUCGUUGGUGAAAGUGACGGAAGAAAACUAAGCGCUGGAGCUGUUUGGAUCGGUUAGUGUAAAAGUGAAAUUGAUUAUCUAUUGGAAGUAGUUCCGGACAAGAAGAUGGUGUGCAGCGAAAGGAUGCGUUUUAUUGCGGCUAUUUUCGGGGUGACAUUUCUGGCGGUGGCACGGACCGACGAGUGGCACUACCCGACACCGGAAUCCAAUGGAGUCAUCAAUGAACAGGAACACUGGGGAGGACAAUGCGAUACCGGCCGACGUCAGUCACCGAUCGAUCUGGCCUACAAAGCAGCUGUCAAGGGCGACUUCUCGCCGUUUCUCUUCAGCAACUACAUGAAUCCGGUUCGGAAUGCGAAGUUGGCCAACACGGGUCAUUCUAUACAAAUCGACAACACGGAUCCAUCGGUCACCCUGUACGGUGGCGGUCUACCUGGCAGGUUCGUUCUAGAUCAAAUGCAUUUCCAUUGGGGCUCCGAACACACGAUCAACAGUGUCCGUUACGCGUUGGAACUCCACAUGGUACAUCAUGAUUCCCGCUACAAAUCACUAACCGAAGCGGCUGCCGUGAAGAACGCCGUAUCAGUUAUCGGUGUCCUGUUCCACGUAUCCAGCCAAGACAAUACCCACCUGGACGUAGUGCUGGAAACCUCCACCGACAUUCGUGAUGCUGCCGGUAAGCAAGCUCCGCUCAAGGGAAAACUUUCGCCUCACAAUCUCCUGCCGAGGAAUCGUACCUCCUUCUUCCGCUACGAGGGAUCGCUGACUACACCGACCUGUGCCGAGUCCGUCAUCUGGACAGUGUUUACCGAAAGUUUGCCCGUUUCGCUGGAUCAGGUAGAACUGUUCAAAGCCAUCCAUGAUGCGGCUGGACACGAGCUUGUGAAUAACUAUCGCUCCCUGCAACCUCUGAAUGCACGUGCUCUGGUGUACACCACCGAUAUGCAUUUCCCGGAUAGUGGAGUCCCGAUGGUUCGGAUACCGGUGGCGCUGUUGAUCGGUACCGUAGUGAUGGCUGUUUGGACACGAAAACUAUCGCUGUGAAAUAGUGUCUUUUGCGUCGUUGUUGCUGGAGAAUCUUGCCAUAUCGUCCGUAAAUAGGUGGUUUUAUGGAAAAUGAAUUGAAAAGACAAAUUAUGAAGCCAAAUCAAAUGGAAUUGUUUGUGAUAGUUGCAUUUGUAGGUAGCAAAGCUACUAGACGAAACUCGCGAAGAUUAUCGUUGACCUCUGUACUGGCUUGUUUCAUGAAUAGUGGCCAUGAAUCAGCGUGAAAGUUAUAGUAUAUUAUUAUAAUUGUUCAUAAUAUAAGGAUGAAAAUGUUAGUAAUAUGAAAGUUGAAAAUAAAAUCCUAAAAAUAGAA